AUGACUAAAGACUACUUAAUAGUCCCUAAGCCUAAAGCUGGUAGAUUUUACCUUCUUCCUAAAAUACACAAAGACGGAAUCCCAGGCCGCCCCAUUGUAUCUGCCAACGGUCACCCAACAGAACGUAUCUCAGAAUUUGUUGACCACCAUCUUCGGCCAUUUGUAUGCGCUUUGCCCUCUCAUUUGCAGGACACCACUGAUUAUCUAAGAAGAUUAGAAUCUCAGAAAGAUUUACCUGACCAAACCCUUUUGGUGUCUAUGGAUGUUACUGCAUUAUACACUAACAUCCCCCACGGAGAUGACAUUGCAGCGUGCAAAGAAGCAUGGGAUUCUCUUAUAAUAAAGAAUCCUCCCACAGAAACACUUAUCGAACUUCUCGUACUUAUUCUGAAAUGCAACAACUUUGUUUUCUGUGACAAACAUUUCCUACAGGUACAGGGCACGGCUAUGGGGAAUAAAAUGGCGCCAUCUUACGCCAACGUGUUUAUGGGCAAAUUAGAAGGACAACUGCUAGCUGCAGUACCUCUUAAACCAUUCAAGUCUAGAGUGAUGGAAUGUUUACUUUUGCCAAAACGAUCAAAAGAACGUACGGUGAAAUUGGAAGUCUUAGCAAACGAAGGAAACGAGGUGUUGACAAGAAGCAAAGAUGGAUUUCUAGAAGUUGGAAGAAGAGAAAAUAAUGAAAGGGACUUUAAAGCAUGA